AUGAUGGUUACCAUGGUGACGGCCAGGACGGCCCUCUGGGCGUGCGUCUGCCUCUUGGCCUGUCGGGCCACGGCCUCCCACGUCCCGCCGAAGAUGAGCGCAACCAUCCGGAACCUGCUGCGGCACUAUAAGAUUCCCGUCCAGGAGCGUUUUAACCGACAACCUGUCUUCUCCAGAGAACUUCUUGCCACCAAGAUGGAGGCCAAGGAGCUUCUCAUGUCGGCGAUGCUGCAGACGUACGAGAAGCUGAUCCAGCGAAUGCUGAAGGAACUUCCCGCCCCAACGCCCUCCCCUUGCCCCUCCAGUGCCCCCACCUGCGGCGGUGUGGGUGUGGGCGUGGGCGUGCGCGCGGAGCUGAGCGUCGUCCUGAAGUUGGUGCAGGAGCUGAGGAGGUUCCGCUUCCAGGACUCGGACACGCUGCUGGAGGGCCUGGAGAGCUUCCGACACAUCCAGGUAGACCUCACCUUUGACCUCCAGAGGCGCACUCUCGCUGACCCCGCCCCCCCACCCUUGCAGAUGGACAACAUGCUGAUCCAGAGCAAGGCAUUGUGGGAGCUGCCGUGGCUUUACGAGGAGGCCAGCUCCCUGGCGGCCGAGCCACGCGCACGCCGCCAAGGACCUGCCAUGCGUCCGGGAUCCUUCGGGACAGGAAGUGGAUCUCCGUGA